AUGAGUCAUCUUGAUGAGGUCAUAAUUUCUAAGAAGGAAGGAGAUAAUGGUGUUGAUCAUGAUGAAGGGAGGAUGGGCGAUUUAGAUGAGAGGAUGAUAUGCCAUGGAUCUCCAAGCUUUAGGGUUUAUUGCAUCGAUGUUGCUUCUGAUGAUGUCGAAGAAGAUAAACCUUACAUAGAUACUUAA